GGCCUCCGAACGUUCUAGAGAGCCAUCGUCUUCCUCACCCUCGCCUUGGUCGCUCCUCUCCACCACUGGCGAGGGAUCUCGUGCUCUCAGCGCGAUCCCGGCCGCUCAUCGCACUCGAUCCAACGGUCGACCCACUCCGACGUGCCUCCGGACAUCGUUUCCGCCCCUCCGGCGCCGUCCUCCCGAGGUUUCCGCCCUCUUUCCGGCGGGCUUUGCGUGUUGUGAGAGGAGCAGAGGGCUGGAGAUGUGAAUACAGGGGAAGCAGCCGGGGAAGUAGAAGAAUAAAAGAAGAUUCUUUCUUGUUUUCUCUUUUUUUUUUUCUCUCUCUCUUUUUUCGGCGCCUUAAAUUUUUUGCCGGUUUUCUUCCGGCCUGUUGUUGCCGGAAGGUCGAGAACUCGGCGGUUUCUCUCUCGUCCCGAUGGAUGCCGGAAAGGAGACAGAGAGCGACUUGUACGGGGUGCUGGGGCUGAAGAAGGAUUGCUCCGCGACGGACCUGCGGAGCGCGUAUAAGAAACUUGCUCUUGAGCUGGAGAAACGAACAUCAACGACGUCUCCUUUGGGCGAGAUGGCACCCAGACAGGUGUUCCUACUCCGGCAGCGACAAGCACGUUGAGGAAUCGAAGAAGAAAUUCCAGGCCGUUCAGGAGGCUUACUCAGGCCUUACUUAGCGCGUUAUGUUGAAAAUAACGGUGUUUCCUGACAAGAGCUUUAAACACCGGUUUGGAGCAGAGGAAACUUUGCAUAUAACGCUAUUUUCGUGGGUGUACUUUUUCCUCCUAGUUCUCUCGGACGCCAACAAGAGAUUCCUGUACGACGUGGGGGUCUACGACAGCGACGAAGAGGAUGGCGACGGCAUGUGUGACUUCCUUGAUGAAAUGGCGAAGAUGAUGGGUCAGGCAUCUUCUAGUACUGCUGGAUCAAAUAGUUUUGAAUCUCUUCAAGAUCUUUUUGAGGAGAUGUUCCCAGGUAACACGACUGGGUCGGAUUCAACCUCAAUGUCAGGAACCACCAGCCUGAGCAGUGAAACCAACACCUCCAUGACUGGGAACAAGCGAAACAGUUGUGAAAUGAAUUUUGGUGAAGUCAGCACAAAAGGCUCCUCUGAUUUCUCAUUUGGUGAAGUCAGCACAAAAGGCUUCUCUGAUUUCUCAUUUGGUGAAGUCAGCACAAAAGGCUUCUCUGAUUUCUCAUUUGGUGAAGUCAGCACAAAAGGCUUCUCUGAUUUCUCAUCUUUCGAAGGCAAUUCUCUCAAUGGUCAUCUUUUCUGCGUUGGGGUGGGAGAGGUGAACACAGAGUCAAGCAGCAAAGGAAGCAAGCACAAGAACGCGAGGAAAGCAAAUGGCUACACAAGGAAUCCAUGAUGCUGAGAUACCUUUUUAAUCUCUGUGUAGUUGGCUUGUGUUGUCGAAUGGGUUUUCUGCUACCUUUAUCUUGUUUCGAACGGGUUAUCUUUCUUUUGAAUGGGGAAGUGCUAGGGGAAAAUGAAGAAAAGCAAUUGGGAUGAAGUCUUCAUUGCAAAGUUCUUUGAUCUUGUUUGACGCAAUUUAAGCUCCUCUGCAUCUUA